AUGGCGAAUUUACUACCUCGUUCCUUUGGUCUUGCCGAAACGAUUUUUGUUAAAAAUGGGACGAAGUUGUUGGCAGCCACAGCAUCCCACAAUCUACCAAAUAAACAACAAGUUAGGCAUUUGAAUGUCCAUGAAUAUGUGAGCUACACACUUCUUAGGGACAAUGGCAUUCCGGUGCCUAAAUUUAACAUUGCCAAGACCCAGGAAGAGGCAGUCAAGUAUGCACAAGAACUUAACACCAAAGAUAUUGUACUAAAGGCUCAGGUUCUGGCUGGAGGUAGAGGAAAAGGUUCAUUCAAAAAUGGGCUGAAAGGUGGUGUCAGAAUGGUUGACAAACCCGAGGUGGCCGGAGAUAUUGUUGGGAAAAUGCUCAAGCAGUACUUGGUGACGAAGCAAACUGGUGCAGCCGGUCGCAUUUGUAACAUGGUCAUGGUUACCGAGAGGAAGUUCCCACGCAGAGAGUUCUAUGUAGCCAUCAUGAUGGAAAGGAGUUUUAACGGUCCGGUUAUCAUUGCUUCAUCUCAAGGAGGUGUCAACAUUGAGGAUGUGGCCGCAGAGAAUCCUGAUGCCAUCACAUACGAACCAAUAGAUAUUGUCACUGGCAUCACUGAUGAACAAAUAUCCCGUGUUAUUAGCAAGAUAGGACUUCAAGAACACGCCCCAGCGGCUAGCGACAUGAUGAAGAAAAUGUAUGACUUGUUCUGUAAGAAAGAUGCUUUACUGAUUGAAGUCAACCCCUAUGCUGAGGACGCACUAACAGGACAAUUCUUCUGCCUGGAUGCUAAAUUUCGAUUUGACGAUAAUGCUCAGUUUAGACAAAAGGAACUUUUCAAGCUUAGAGACAUUUCCCAAGAAGAUCCCAAGGAGAUUGAGGCAGCCAAAUUUGACUUGAACUACAUCGCUCUUGAUGGUAGUAUCGGUUGUAUGGUGAAUGGUGCUGGUCUUGCUAUGGCCACUAUGGAUAUCAUCAAACUUUAUGGAGGUGAUCCAGCCAACUUCCUCGACGUUGGAGGAGGCGCCACCGCUCAGGCUGUCUCGGAAGCAUUCAAGAUUAUCUUAUCAGACCCAAAGGUGUCUGCUAUCUUAGUGAACAUCUUCGGAGGUAUCAUGCGCUGUGACGUCAUCGCAGAGGGUAUCAUCAACGCCGCGAAGAACCUCAACAUCCAAAUACCAGUGAUUGUACGACUUCAGGGUACUAAGGUUAAUGAGGCUCGCAAGUUGAUCGCGGAUUCCGGUCUGCGUAUUGUACCAAGAGACGACUUGGAUGAGGCUGCCCAGCUCGCUGUACAACUAUCUGAGAUCGUGUCCCUCGCCAAGAAAGCCGGAGUCGAGGUCAAAUUCGAUAUCCCUAAAUACAUGUUAGAAAAGUAA